AGAAAGUAUUGGAAACGGAGAGGAGGGGGAAUCUGAAAGCUCGAUUUUUAUUUAUUUGUUUUUUUUAAAUUUUUUUGCUCUGUGACAAUGAAGCUUUCGACCAUGUCGUCGUCUUUGUAUUCAUCGGCCAUCCAAACCAAAACAUCUCUUUCCUCUCUCACUUCUUCUUCUUCUUCUUUUUCUUCUCCUUCUUCUUCUUCUUUUUCUCUCCGAUCAAAUUCAAACAAGCUUUUUCCCAUUCGUUUUCUUUCCAAUUCAAUCUCAACCCAUAAACGAGACCUCUCUGCUGUGAUUGCUUGCUCUAGUUUGGAAAAUGGAUCUCAAAAGUCCUCUUUCCAGGGAGCUGAAUCAUUUUUCAGAAGUGUCUUGGCGAGUAUGGAGACAGUGUACUUAAAUAGGAACCCCACAGCAAAAGCCAUCUUGGAGCUUGUUCAUUCCGCCGAGCAUGGUCGAAUUUGCUAUGAUCAUUUUGCCUUUAGAACGUUUGGGGUGAAUGGUUAUGGGAUUGACUCCUUGGCUAGCUUUUUCCUGGAUUUUGGCUAUACGCUGAGGGAUGAGUUGAGAUUUCCUGCUAAAAAAUUAAAAGCUCUGUGGUUCUCUCCUCCCAAAAAUGCCAUUACUGAGGACGGUAGUGGUAUUAGUGGACCGUUGCCUCGAGUAUUUAUAUCCGAGCUUCUUGUUGAUCAAAUGAGUCCAGAAGCCCAGCGUAUAAUCACAAAAUACACUGGAUUAUCUGGUACUGCAAAUAAGCAUGCUGCUCUAGCAAGUGCACUAGGAUCUCUGACUUGGGAAAAGCCACUCUAUUCCGAGUUUCAACAAUUGGCCAGGGAAAGUGAAUAUGCUGCCUGGACCCUUGUCAAUGGAUAUGCACUAAACCAUGUCACAAUAUCUGCUCACCAGCUGAAAUCCCACUUAAGAAACAUCAAAAGUCUCGAUCAGUUCAUCGAAGAGAACGGAUUUAAGUUAAAUUCUGAAGGCGGGAUUCUGAAAGUGAGCCCUGAUGGUCUUCUGUUGCAAAGCUCAACCGUUGCAGACUCAACUUCUUUCACAUUUUCGGAUGGCACGACUGAAUCAGUCCCCUGUUCCUAUAUUGAGUUUGCUGAGCGCUUGGUGCUGCCUCAGUUCAAUAAUCUACCUGAAAAGGAGGUUAAAGAACACCAUAGGCGAGACGGAUUUGAGGUCGGAAAUGCUGACAAGAUCUUUGAGAGCACAUACAAAGAGCAGCUAACCAGAAAAGCUGCAUAAACUGCAUACUAAAUAGAACAUAAUGAAAAGGAUUCACUCUUGGCGAUGUCAAGAGACAAGAGGUUGUCCUUACGAGGGAAAAAAAAAAAAAACAUUCUAUGAGGAAGCAAGAAUGAAAAUGAUAAGCCUAGUAAAGUGGUGUAAUAUGUGCCCUACAAUUCAAGUGGUUGAAGCAUGCACGCGAGUUACUACUUAAUAAAAGAAGGCAGGCUUUGUGGAAUAGAAUGGUUGCUUAUACUUUAA